UCCGGCCACGAUUUAUUUUAUUUAUUUAUUGCUUCUACUGUUUAAAGACUGUCAGUUCUCUAAAAACCGAAAACUCCAUUUUUGCAUACGUAACGAUUUUGAGCGCCAUCUAGUUACGACGAUGGUAAUUUUUUUUUUUUAUUAUAGAGGCGACAAAUCGGUGUAGGCGAAGGCCGUUCAUAAAUUGUUCGGAGUUCAAUGUCUCGCCGCAUCAUUGAACCCGGCGAGGAAAGAUGAAAAAUAAGAUUUGACGUAAUAGCAUUUUAAAAUAAUGAUUUCUAACGAAGAAAAACUUUACUUAGGAUUUGAUUUUAGUACUCAGCAAUUGAAAGCAAUUGCAAUCAAUGAUGAACUAAAUGUUACUAAUGAAGCUUCUGUUCAUUUUGAUUCUGAAUUACCAGAAUUUAGAACUUAUGGAGGAGUACAUAAAAAUCAAGAUGGCCUCACAGUUACUGCACCACCAGUUAUGUGGAUAAAAGCAUUAGACAUAAUUUUGGAGAAACUAAAAGUUUCUGGUAUAGAUUUUUCACAAGUUGUUGCAAUUUCAGGAACUGGUCAACAACAUGGUAGUGUUUAUUGGAAGAAAGGUUCUCUUGAUGUUUUAUCUAAUUUAGAAAAUUCAAAAUUUUUGCAUAAUCAAUUACAGAGCUGUUUCAGUAUACGUGAUUCUCCUGUAUGGAUGGAUUCAAGUACUACUACAGAAUGUCAACAGUUAGAAGAAGUAAUAGGUGGACCACAAAAAUUAGCAAAUAUUACUGGAUCAAGAGCUUAUGAAAGAUUUACUGGUAAUCAAAUUGCUAAAAUUUAUAAAAAGAAAAAAGAAGCUUACAAAAACACAGAGCGUAUAUCAUUAGUGAGUAGUUUUGCCGCAUCAUUAUUUCUUGGCAAAUAUGCACCGAUUGAUAUUAGUGAUGGCUCUGGUAUGAAUCUUUUAAAUAUCAAUACUCAACAAUGGUGUAAAGAAUGUUUAGAAGUAUGUGCACCUGAUUUGUAUGAGAAAUUAGGAGAACCUGUAACUUCAAACACAAAUUUGGGAAAUAUUUCUCCAUAUUUUAUUGACAGAUAUGGAUUUUCUCCUGAAUGCAAAGUCAUUGCUUUUACAGGAGACAACCCAGCAUCUUUAGCUGGAAUGAGAUUAAAGAAAGGAGAUAUUGCAUUAAGUUUAGGAACAAGUGAUACAGUAUUUUUAUGGUUGGAAAAGCCUAAACCUACUUUAGAAGGACACAUAUUUUGUAACCCAGUAGAAAGUACAGCAUUCAUGGCUUUAUUAUGUUUCAAAAAUGGAUCUCUGACCAGGGAGCGUAUCAGCAAUGAAUGUGCUGAAGGAUCUUGGAAAUUAUUUAAUGAAUUACUUGAAAGUACUCCAAGAGGAAAUUUUGGUAAUUUAGGAAAAUCUUCAAGAGUAUUAGUCACAGGUGGUGCUUCUGCAAAUAAAUCAAUUAUACAAGUAUUAGCUGAUGUCUUUAAUACUCCAGUAUAUGUACAAGAAAUCAGCAACUCUGCAUGUCUUGGUUCUGCAUACAGAGCUAAACAUGGUAAUUAA